UCGAAAUGAAAGCAUGUUUUCAUGAUUUUUCUACCACGACAAAACAUAACAGCAAACUGCCACAAGCAGAAGUUAAACUGAAAUCGAAUGAAAUAUUUUGAGUUAAUAUAGCUUAGCGUAAUGAGCAAAAGGUCUGUGACUAAAGAAAAUCAUAAUGAGAUUUCAAAACCAAAAAAACAUUGGACAAUGGGCUUAGUGGAAUCCAUGAAAGAUGCAGAGUUGAUUUAUAAAGAUACUGAACGGAUUGUCGUUAUUAGAGACAAAUAUCCUAAGGCUAAGAUUCAUUUACUUGUUUUACCAAAAGAUAAUAUUAAUAGUAUUUAUAAAUUAACUAGUAAAGAUGUGGCUCUCUUAGAAGAAUUUGGUCAAAUAUUUAAACUGAUACAAAAAGAACAUAAGAACCAUCUUCUUAAUGCUGGUUUCCAUGCAGUGCCAAGUAUGCAACGGCUUCACAUGCAUAUAAUCAGUAAGGAUAUGGUAUCCCCAUGCCUAAAAACUAAAGUGCAUUGGAAUAGUUUUACUACAGCUUUAUUCAAACCUUAUAAUGAUGUCUUAGCAGAGUUAAAACAAUAUGGCGCCAUCAAAGAAAUUGCUCACAACAUAUAUAAAACAUUAAAGACAACACCACUUAAGUGUAAUCAAUGUAGUUACAUACCUAAAAAUAUUCCCCAACUCAAAGAACAUUUAUUAAGCCAUUUAUAAUUUGAAAAGACUUCUUAAAUAAAAUUUGGCUUCAGGAAGUUACAGUUAUCCUGAAGUUGAUUAAUCUCAUUAGUAUAA